UGAAUGUCGACUUUAGCCGCUGACAUAAUCUUUCGGCGUCGGCAGCGCUCGGACCAGCUCAGGUAUAUCUCGAAGAGGCUAAGCGCGUUAUGCCCACACACUUCGAAUUUCGACACCUCCAGCGAGAACGCCAAUUCUCGACCACGAAGAUACCGACGACCACCUCUCCCACCGCACGCAAUCCCACAGUCGCCCAACAUGGCCUCCCAGAGCGUGCAAUGCUUCGGCAAGAAGAAGACCGCGACCGCUGUCGCCCACUGCAAGGCCGGUAAAGGACUCGUCAAGGUCAACGGCAAGCCCCUCAGCCUCGUCCAGCCCGAGAUGCUGCGAUUCAAGGUCUACGAGCCUAUCCUGAUCAUCGGUGCUGACAAGUUCGCCGAUGUCGAUAUCCGCGUCCGCGUCUCCGGUGGUGGUCACACUUCCCAGGUCUACGCCAUCCGUCAAGCCAUCGCCAAAUCCAUCAUCGCUUACUACCAGAAAUUCGUCGAUGAGCACUCCAAGAACCAGCUCAAGCAAGCCCUCGUUCAGUACGACCGCACACUUCUCGUCGCCGACAACAGGCGGUGCGAGCCCAAGAAAUUCGGCGGUCCCGGUGCCCGCGCGAAGUACCAGAAAUCAUACCGUUAAGCGUUGGUUUU